UGAGUAAUCAUUCCUACAUUUAUUAUCAGUAGUUUUAUGACCAGCUUGGAAUAACUGACCCAACCAAAAGCCAACAGUGGCAGUGCAACAUCUCCGUAACUGAAGACAGAAUGCCGCUGCCAAACUCUACAGGUUCAGAGGGUGCACUGGGGAAUGGCAGUGACACUGAGCUGCGCAAUAUGGAGCAGGUCCUGGUCCCGAUAUUGGAUGUACUGAUUCUGGUGCUGGGAGUUAGCGGGCACACCAUGGUGAUGGUGAUCCUCUGUGGGAGGCGGAGAAGUGGGGUGGGACGCAUUGGACAUUCCCCUCAAAGCUCCAUGACCGGCACCGGAACAGAUGUCCUCCUGCUGGCUCUGAGCGUUGCAGACCUGCUUUUGCUCUCCAUGCUUCCCUUCCACACUAUUGCCAUAGUCAUGCAGCGAUGGCCGUUUGGAGACGUCAUGUGUCGUCUGUUGAGCUUCGUGGGAUCAGCCUGGUCCUCAGCCAGUGCCUUCACACUGGCCACACUGGCUGUGUCUCGCUAUCUGACUGUGGUGAAGCCUGCCAGAGCCUAUAUUCUCCUCUCCCCUCGCCGGGUGUCUUUAGCUGCUGCGCUCCUCUGGGUCCCGGCCUGCUGCCUGGCUACCCCGCAGCUGGUAUUUCGCUUUGUGGGAACCCCACAGCGAGCCCCUGAUGGCCUUGCCUGCUUUGCUUUCCUGUCCCACCGAGACCAGCUCAUCUACGGAUUGUUUCACUUCCUCGUGGCGUUCUUGCUUCCACUUGUCACCAUUGCGGUGGCAUAUGGCAGCAUCUACAUGUUCCUGUGGGGGAGGCAGCAUGCUGGUAGGGCCCCCCAAGUAGAGCGCUACCAGAGCAGAGUAACCCAGACGUCGGCCAUGCUGGUGCUGGCUUUUACCUUGUGCUGGCUGCCAUCCUACGGCCUGACACUCGCCUUGUUGGCCGAUAACAUCACAGGGGCUACUGGCGCCUCACCUCGUUACGGCCCCUUUGGCGUAUUUGCACGUGUCAUGGCGACAUCUUCGACGGUGAUGAACCCCAUACUCUACGUACUAAUGUCCCAAAAGUUCAGACAAGACCUACUGAGGCUGUUCAAGAGGAGAGGGCAAAGAGCAAGUGAUGGUGUGGCUAUGGCUGCUGCCUGACAGUAUCAACAACUAGUUUGAAACAGUAUACUGUAACGUAACACCUGAUACACAAACACUGGGCAAAUCCUGACUACUGGGAGCUACAAUAAAACUAUUAUCACUAAGCUGAGUUGCUUUGCUGAAAGACUUGAAAAAAGCAACAUAGUCAUUACCCUCACAAGAAAAAGUGUACUUAACAAGGCAGCCCUCAAAAGAGCAGGCAACCUGCACUUGUGCCUCUUAACAACACUAACUGGUAGCCUGGAUAUUGUACAAGAAGAUCAAACCGGUAGUGCUGGGAGGUGCUGCUUGACAGGGACAGAACAAUCCUGAAUCAUGCAUUUCUUGUACAGUUUACAGUAAAGGCACUUUGGUAAAACAUUAACGUGCACCUGUGUUUUGUUGUGCUGAGAUAAGGUGAAUACUUGUACUUUGUUCUCAAAGCUUUCCUUUUGUUUCUAGUUUGGCUGCAACUUCAAAAUAGCUUCCUUGUUGUGUUUAGAUCAUUGGGAGUGUUU